GCUCAUCUGACCCUUUCUGAUACAGAGAAUCAUGCACAUCACAGGAGCUGAAAGACUCAUCCUCAUUGGUGGUCUGCUGCAAGGUUUUCUGUGCCUAGACUUUGCAGCUCUGAUGCCUCAGAAUAUAAAGGCUCUGCGUGGAUCUUGUGUGGCCAUUCCCUGUUCAUUUACACUGCGAUCUGGAUUUGAGUCGUUCCUCACAACUUCAUGUAAAGGAAUAUGGAGGAAAGGAUGGACAGGAGGAAACGUGUUUGAUUCUGGUCUCACAGGAACAGGCUUUAACACCAUUCAAGGGAAUCUAACUGGGAACUUGCAGCAGAAGGAAUGCACCACAAUCCUGAAUGACUUAUCUUCUUUCAAUGACUACUUUUCAUUCAGAAUUGAAUGUUACAAUGGUCUGAGAUAUAGUUUUCCAGAACGUGUCACAAUUUUUGUAAAAGAAAAUCCAUCCAAACCCACUCUAAGUCCAGAAACAGUAAAUGUGAUGGAGGGGACCACAGUGAAUUUGAUCUGCUCUGCUGCAGCCCCCUGUCCCUCACUCCCUCCAACUCUGACAUGGACCCCCACAUUGAGUGACAGUGUGGAGGAUUUGCAGGAGACUCCGAAUCGAGUCAUAACUUCUCUCCUGAACUUUACCGCUUCACAUGUCCACCAUGGAGAGAAGAUCUCCUGCACUGCGCUGUACAAACGACAAGCUGGCAAGAGUGAUAAAUCAUCCAAAACUUAUCUGACAGUCGCUGUUCUUUACUCUCCCAAGAACACCUCAGUGUCAGUCAGUCCCUCUGGUUCAGUGGUAGAGGGCAGCUCUGUGACUCUGACUUGCAGCAGCAAUGCCAACCCAGCAGUGAAGAACUACACCUGGUACAGAGUUGAGGGAAGUGAGAAGGACAUUGUCGGGUCUGAUAAGGACCUCAACAUCUUCAAUGUGACCAGGCUUUCAAAUGAACAGUACAACUGUGAGGCUCAGAAUGUCCAUGGACUGCAGACCUCUGAAGCCAUCAGUAUCAAUGUAACAUUUGCUUCAGAGAUCCUGAACACCUCUCACUGCAUCAGGAUUUCAGAUACAUCUCAGAUCAGAUGUUUCUGUGAUAGCUAUGGAAACCCUGCUCCCACACUGGUGUGGCAACUGGCUGGAGAGUCUGUCAAUUACUCCACAAACACCAUCAUCAGGGAGGAACCAAUAGGCCGAGCAGGCUUGAGGAGCUCCCUCACCAUCCACCAAUCACAGGAAGAGGAAAUACCCAGUCUGGUCUGCCUCAGCUCCAACUUUGAUGUUUUUGACAGCUUCUCAUUUGACUUAACAUCAAUGAAAACAUAUGAAGGUACAGGUUUCCAUCUUCUCUCUCUGUUGAUCGGGGCUGGUGUGGGGGCAGGAGUGAUGAUGCUCCUAUGCAUCCCUCUGCUUCUCAUCUGCAAGCAUAGGAGAGCCAGGCAGUCACCAAACAAAAGACAGAAGGACACAGCAGAGUUCAUAGUGACUGAUGAGACCCUCUUUCAGGAGGAGGACAAUGUCUAUGCCAAUAAAGCCAUGCUGGACGAGGCCCUCUGGCCCAACAGGACAGUGGACAGGGAAAUUGACGACACAGACCUCCUCCACUACGUCAACUUGAACUUAUCCAAACUCCAGGCCAAGGUGGCCGAGCGGGGGGAGGGGGAGGGAGAGAUCAGGGGAGUCGCCUCCAAAACCACAGAGUACGCAGUGAUCCGCCUGCACUCCACAGGUAGUAUCGAGGGAGGGGCUGAGAAGAAGGAGGCCAAUCCUGCUCUGGAGCAGGGGGAUCACGCUGAAGACCAUGGAGCUAAAGUCUUGGAAGAAUCCCAGGCAGGGCACGAGAGUGACGGGGAAGAAGAAGUUGCAAAGGAUUCUGCGCUGCCUGAGCUACAGGGCGUGACUAAUUCUGCCCUCAGUGUCCAGGAGUCUCCAGAGGCCCCACUGGGAGAAUCUGAGCAGCACAACACAACAGAAACCGCUGUGGAUGAGGUGACACUGCUUUCUGAGCCGAAAGAUUCCUCUAAUGGUGAAGAGGAGGAAAUGUAUGGGAACAUAUGUCGUGGUCAGGUCAUAUCUGAAGCAAAUUAUGGAUAACCUGAGUUAGAUAGGAGGAAGAGUAGGAGAGUGCACAGUAAGCUGCUGUAUAGAGGGAGGAAAGCUUAAAUCAAAAUAAAAUCAAAUAAAAUCAA